CUUAUUAAAUGUCAGGCGCUGUUAGCCGAAGGACAUAAGACUGUUGAGGUGUCGGGUCAGAGCUCUCCCGUUGAUAUCGAGAACCGAAUCGACGACAUUAAGCAACAGAUCCGCAAAUGCGAAAUCAGUAAACUAAAAGCUAAGGCAAGGCUUGAGAUCAUCAAAAAAGGCGGUAUUGAAAUGGAGGACUUUGAGAACUUUGAAUCCCAAAUAACUACUGAAAUCAAACAGCAGUCGUUAUCACUGGAUGUGGACAUUGGUAUUGGAGUUCCACUGAGCCGUACCCCUAGUCUUCGGAGCACUAAUAUAAGCACUUAUAGCGAUGGCGGA